AACUGGAAAUACACGGUGUAACGGUGGUGCGCAACGAGGGCGAGGAAAAAAAGCGGUGUCGCGAGAACGUGAAUUCGGUCAGACCUGGUGGACACGUGGGUCAUGUGUCGGUCGCACGUCGCGGCUGCACGCGUCCUUGCACGACCCACGCGACGUCGCGGUGCCCUAGCUCGCGGCGUUCCACGAAAUUACGCAAUGACGAGUCGUCACGAUGGAAGACACUGCGUGUUGUGAGGUGACACUGGUGCUCCGUUCGCUCGAGAGCUUCUUCGGCUCGUUUCUCGUGGACGAACAGUACGUUGGUCUCGGAUGAUCGAGAUUCCACCGUGUUAAGUUUGCGUGGCGAAAGAGUUCUUCCACGAAAACGGAGCGGAACGGUCUGACGACGACGGUUCUCUGUGUUCAAGGUUACCAGCAUGAGUCUCUGGCCACGAAGACGAUUUCGUGUCACUCCGCUACGAGCGUUGGCGGCGUUUUUCCUGAUGGUGGUGCUGUUCUGGUACAGCCUCAGUCGGCAAGAGGCGCCCAGACAACCGUGCAGCGUUCCUGAGGAGUUCACGGAUAAGCUCCACGAACUUGCCUACAGGGCUCACUUGGUGUUGGCCAAGUUGGGCAUCGUGCACUUUCUGUGCCUCGGGGGACUUUGGGGUCAAGUUCGAAUCGGUCGCGCGCUACCCUGGGCGCGUAAGGUCGAGCUCUGCCUGGUGGACACGCUAAGAGACGACGUCCUAAUCACGAAAGCAUUCCGCGAGGUUGGCCUAAGCGCCACGUACCUGCACGCAGCCGGAGUGUACCGAAUACAGGAGCACGAAGUCGGCGAGGACGCGCCCAAGGUGGAAGUUGUCGUUUUCGAGGAGGAUGCGGUGACGCAAAUGGUAAGGAGAGUCGGUUGGACAAGAAGAGUACUGCCUCCGGAUUGCGAGUUCUCCCCUAGCCUGCAAUGCUUCCCGCCACAGUUGGUGAUUCCUCCCUUACCGGCGAAACAGUUCGGUGGACGACUGAUGCCUGUACCUAGGGAGGGUAUAGAGCUCCAAAAAUAUCACUACCCUAAUGACUGGUGGCUCGAGGUGAAGCCCACCGAUUGCACCGAGCCUCAAGAAUCCGGCGCGUAGUACUAGGUCUCGUUGCGACGAGAAUUCGCGCUCGAAAAGUAAUCCUAUCGCCAAAAAGUUGUCCACUGGGACUCCUAAACUGGAACAGGAUCCCUCAGCUAAUCCUAUGGACGAGAUCAGUCUCGGUUAUCUCGGUAACCAAAUUUUCACCGAUCGAUUUCGUUUCUAGCGAUACGAUCCGCAUGAGAAUUUGAGGAUACGAACUGUGGAUGGUACUAGUUUUAUUGUAAAACGGGUUAUUUAUUUGAAAUGAUUGCCACAUUUGGAGUAUCGAACUUCCAUUUGUAGGAAUUAAUUUUCUUCCAGUAAUUAAUUGUUUCAUGAAUGUACACGAUGAACGGAUUCCGAUAGCAUCGCAGACGGCUUUAGGAACUUUAGGCUUAAGUCUAUGUCUGUCCUUUUCGAUAGCGCAGUAUUUCUCAUGGACUUUCGUAUAAGUACAACGGAAAGUGAGACUAAUAAGUUGGAUAACCAACUUAACACCUUUCGAUAUAAAUUGCAUUAUUUUUCUCACUUCACCUGUAAAUAUAUGCCCUCUGGCAAUGAUUCGAUCAUCCCCUGAUCGAACGUUAUACAUAGUCAUUUCCAUUGGUAGAUCCUCGUAACAAGUAUGGACUUCACUGUCUUCUUCACGUCACGUGUAAAUAACCUAGAUGAAAGUUAAAUACUUAUAGACUAGAAAAAUUGU